AAAAAGAAAACCCAAAAAGAAGAAAAAAGACUCCAAACACAGUGACAAUGGUGAUGAUGACUACAUGGAUGAACAGAUGAACGCGAUUCCCAAACCUGAAAUCAAAAACUUACUUCCUUUCCAAAUUUAUCGACUUAUAAUAGCAACUGCCAAGGCAACUCCAGAAAGCAUCGUUUUCUUGAAAGAUUACAUCAUUUCACUGAAAAACAGGAAUCAAGAUCAGAUAGAAGGAAGAUGAUAAGUCAGAAGAAGAUGAAAAAAGGAGAACGAAGAGAAAUACAAAAAUUCAUUUUGAAAAUGUAGAGUACAAAAUGCUAGAGAAUCUUGAACCAGUGUCAUAUACUGCCACUAAAAAUACAGAUGACGUUGAAGAAGAGCCAUGAGAAACAGAUAUUAAAGAAGGUUGAAUGGUCUGAUGAUGACAUUUCAUUAUUGGCUAAAACUAUGGCAAAGUAUCCAGGGGGCACUGUUGCUAGAUGGGAGAAGAUAGCCGAAGAAGUUGGAAGACCAGUUAAUGAGGUAUCAAAGAAAGCUAAAGAAAUCAAAUCAUCAGCAUUUGCAAUAAGUGUUCAGGCAGGAACUCAAGGCAUAACUGGAGGAGUAAACACUCUAGUCACCAGCAAAACAGGAAAGCAGAUUAAAGAAGAUGAAAUGACAACACGAUUUGAUGAACUGCAAAUAAAUCAACAGCCAGUGACCUCUGAUCUUAAGUUAAAAGACAAUGAAGAUAUAGGUCCCGUACAGAGAAAACAUCGGAAAGUCCCCAAAAGAAAUAAAUCACAUCAGAAGAUGGAGGAAGACUGUAAGGCAGCAUCAAAAGUUGAAGUCAAGACAUGGGGACAAGAUCAUCAAAAAUUGUUUGAGAUGGCAAUAGCAAAAUUUGACAAAAACACUCCAGAGAGAUGGGAAAAAAUUGCUGCAGCUGUGCCAGGAAAAACAAAGAUGAUAUUAGCCAGUGUGGACCAUUUGAAGUUGAAUAGGACUCUACAAGGCAUUAUUGAACAAUAUCAGAACAAAGGACUUUGUAUAGACAUGGAUAAGGAAUCUAAUGAAAGCAGUCUGUGUGACGAACAUGGAUACGAAAAUAUGAGGUUUGCCGAGUACUGUAAGGAUUGCGAAGAACCCGUAUGUUACAAGUGUAUGGCAUAUACACAUAAGGACCACACUAUUUGUGGUUUAGAGGAAACAUGGAACACUAAGCAGGAAUGGGGCAGAGGAACGCUGCUUGGCAACCCCUUCAUCGGAGCGAUUCACGAGACAUCCGGUAUUUUCGGCAACGUAUCCAUCAGCUAUGGGAAACAUUACUGGGAAGUAUCGAUUGCUCGGAGCCCGUUUUGCCGGAUCGGUGUCUCCUACCCGUCAUUACCGAGGGACAAGGGACUUGGUGAUAACGAACUCUCCUGGUGCUUUGAGAAAUACAUGGAAACAAGAAACGUAGUCCACGGCUUACGAACCCGUGCUCUGGAUAUCCCCCCAGGGAACUUCGGCUUACUAGGAGUUUACCUCGACUACAACGCAGGGAAGUUAGCGUUCUUUAAUGCGAAUACAAAGAAACAUCUCUACACAUUUCACGAUAAGUUUAUACAGACGUUGUGUCCAACGUUUGAGGUAAACAAAGGCGAAGUUACUUUAUCCACUGGGCUUGAAAUACCUGAAUUUGUCGCAAAGAAUAUGAAACUAAUUGCCAGUUCUUAG